CAUUGCGUCACAUUUGCCGUGAGGGAGCGAAGAUGGCUGCGGUGCCGAUGGCCGGUUGCAGCCCCGCCGCGGAGCCCGCAAACCCCGCCGCGGUCCCGGGGCCCCCGGACCGGCCCAAACUAGAGGAGGGAACCGAGGCGGAGAAGCAAGGUCGGGUGGCUGCUCUGCUGGAGAGACUGCAUGCCAAGCACAACGCCUCUCGGCCCUGGCAGGAGACCAGCAAGAUCGUCAGGCAGGCCAUGGAAAAGCGGGGCGUGAUGAAUUCAGCUGGACACCAGCUUUUGCUCAACUGCUUAGAGACGCUACAGAGGGCACUGAAAGUGUCCUCGCUGGCCUCGAUGACUGAUCGUCUAGAGUCUAUUGCUCGUCAGAACCUGUUAGGCUCUCACCUCAGCCCUUCAGAAACCGAGUGCUACAUCACCUCCGACAUGUUCUACGUGGAAGUGCAGCUGGACACGACGGGACAGCUGGUGGACGUCAAAGUGGCCCAUCAUGGCGAAAACCCUGCGAGUUGUCCAGAGAUGAUACAGCACCUAAGGGAGAAAAAGUUUGAGGAAUUUUCUAAACACCUUAAGGGUUUGGUCAACCUGUACAAGCUUCCUGGAGAUAAUAAACUGAAGACAAAGAUGUACUUGGCCCUCCAGUCUCUUGAGCUGGAUCUUACUAAGAUGAUGCACAUGUUCAGGUUGGCCACCAACGCUAACACUGUCGAGACUAUACUGCAUGGCAGUGUUGGUCUGCUGACUGCGAGGAGUGGUGGUCAUCUCCUGUCCCUACAGUGUUACGUGUCUCCAUAUGACAUCUUUGAGGAGGGCACUGGAACCCAGCUCAGUUUCACAGAUUCAUCCAUCCCUCGUUCGCUGGGAGUGAGUGUGUCCGUGACUGUGGAGGGGACGUCAUCUGUCUAUAAGCUUCCCAUCGCUCCUCUCAUCACUGGAUCACACCCAGUGGACAACAAAGGGACUCCAACAUUUUCUCCAGUGACGAACUCAAACUGUGUCGACUUGCCAGCAUGUUUCUUCCUGAAGAUGAACUGCCCCAUGCCUUUCUCGCUGUCUUUCAUUCAGAAAAUGGGCAAUGUUACAGGUAUCCCUGUGUUUGAGGCUGCCCCUGCCUUGUCAUCACUUUACGAUCUCAUAAUUAAAAGCCAACUCAAUGAAGAAGAGGGAGUCAGUCCUCCAGCUUCUGCCCGAUCUAUGCGCUUCUAUGCAUCUUUGCCAGGACAACAGCAUUGUUAUUUCCUGAAUGGAGACGCCCCUGUGCAGGAUGGGAGAUCUCUGCAAGGAGCACUGGUAUCCAAAAUUCCCUUCAGACACCCUGCUCAUGUGCCCCCUCUCCUAGACAUCAUACGACACCAGGCAGCUUAUAACACAUUGAUUGGCAGCUGUGUCAAAAAGACUUAUAUAAAGGAAGAUACCCCAGGGCUUCUGCAGUUUGAGGUCUGCCCACUGACAGACUCCAGUUUCAGUGUGUCCUUCCAGCACCCUGUGAAUGAGUCACUUGUUUGUGUGGUGAUGGAAGUGAUUGACUCUAGGCAGGUGGCCUGUAAGCUGUACAAGGGCUUGUCGGAUGCUUUGAUCUGUACAGAUGAGUUCAUUACUAAGGUGGUUCAGAGAUGCAUGUCCAUUCCCGUGACCAUGCGAGCUAUUCGACGCAAGGCAGAGACCAUUCAGGCAGACACCCCUGCUUUGUCUCUGAUUGCUGAAACUGUGGAGAUAAUGGUAAAGAAGAACUUGCCCCCAACAGGCAGCCCAGGUUAUAUGGGAAUGGGCCCAGGGCCUGAUGGGAAUAAUCCCAUGGGCCUCCCAGGUGUUGGAGGAUGCACCACACCUACAGGAGGCAGCAGUGCUGGAGGUAUGGGUGCAGGUGGGACAUUCCAAGGCCCAAUCACCUCACUGUUUAACAUGAGCCGUCAGGGCAGUUCAGUUGUUGAUAGUAUGGGACAAGUGGGAGGUCAACAACAGAUGCAGCAGCAAGCAUCCCAGCACAGUCAUAAUUCGGAUGACUUCAGCAAAGUGACUCAGAACCCAAUAUUAACCAGCCUGUUGCAGAUAACAGGCAGUGUGGGCUCUAGUCCCACACCCCAAGCCCCUGCAGGUUCGCAACCACACCAGACACCUCCACCAACCACCUCACCAGCUAGCAACACCAAAAACCAUCCCAUGCUGAUGAACUUGCUGAAGGACAACCCAUCACAAGAUUUUGCUACGUUGUAUGGUAGUAGCCCUCUGGAAAGACAGAAUUCCUCUGGGUCUCCUCGUACAGACAGCCAAGGUCAGCCUUGUCCAGUAGGAGGUACUAAGGGCAAGAAAAAGCGUCCAAGGGCCUCAGACAAAGGUGUGAUGGGAGUAGGAGGAGGGAUAGGGAUGAAACAGCAAUCUCAACAGCAGCAAGUGGGAAGUUUGAGUCAACAGCACCAUCACAUGCACCACCCUACUGAAGACGACUUCCACCGUGAGCUGUUCUCCAUGGAUGUUGAUGCCUCUCAAAAUCCUAUCUUCGAUGUCAAUCUUCCAGGUGACGGACUAGACACUCCUCACAGUAUCACGCCAGCCCCAAGCCAAUGUGGGACCCCACCCUCUGGUCCUGGAAUGCCAUACCACCCACAGUCUCAUGUUCAAGCUCAGACACAAGCUCAGUCCCAGCCACCAGGACCUUUACCUCGCAUGGUUCGUCUCUCUAGCUCUGACAGUAUUGGGCCUGACAUUAAUGAUAUUCUGUCUGAUAUUCCUGACCAGGCCACUAAAGGAAGCAGUGGUAGCCAUGGGCAGCAUCAUAUGGGUGGGGAAGACGGUGGUUCCUUGGGCACCCCAUUACGGGAUUCAUCCAGUUCAGGUCAGGGUAGUGCGGUAUUUGAGGCUGACCUGUUUAAUGCCAAUAGCAAUGAGAAUCCAUUUACUGAUGCAGCAGAUCUAAUUGCAGAGGCCACUACUGCAGCAACGCCAAAUAGUGAUGCCUCCUCAAGUAACUUCUUCCCAGACACAGACUUCAAUCCAGAGUUGCUUCCUGGACAGGGAACCUUCUCACAGAGCUACUUUGAGGACAGUUCACCCAGCCCAGAACCAGAUCUUGACCUUGUCAAAGGCUUUAGUGGGGGAAGUCAACAGAACACUCCUUCGGGCACUCCACAGAAUCCCACCUCGCAUGGACGUAGCACACCUGAUGCCUCAUUAAAGGACCCUUUUGACAUGGGCUUGGUUUUCAGUGGGAAUAGUGGAGGAGGAAAGCCUCUGCUGGGCCCAGCACCAGACAUGGGAGAUUCACAUUCUUCUCAUGGUGGUGGUAGCCAAAGUCCGCUCUUGACUGGCUUAGGAGGAGUGGUCACUGAUUUCAAGAGUAGUGAAGUAAAAGUCAAACAGCAGCAAAUGAGGCCAAAAGAAGAUAAUGGGGGAGGAAACUCUGGAAUGGUGAUGGGAGGAACAGGCUCUUCUGAAGGGAAACAGAUGAAGCGUAGUCGUACACCUUCUAGUGAAGGAAAAUCAAAAGACAAACCACCCAAACGUAAGAAGCUGGAUCCCGAUGGCAAGUCUCCCUCUCACAGCUCAGGAGGUAGGCCCUAUACUCCUCCGAGUGGGAGUGCCAGUUCAGGGGGAUCAUUGAGUGGAGGGGGAUCCAAAUCACCAGGGAGCUCAGGUCGUUCUCAGACUCCACCAGGAGGUGCCACACCACCUAUACCUAAAAUCACAAUACAAAUCCCCAGGACUUUAACUGGGGGAAAAACAUCUUCUCACGGGGGUUAUACAUCAAGCAGCUCAACAAGUGGAAGUACUAGUGGGGCCAGUGGCACAAGUAGCAGUAAAAGCCACCAUUCUCACUCCUCUUCAUCCUCGGGAAAGAUAAAGAGUAGCAAGAUGGAAGGUUCCAUGGGUCAAGGAAAUAGUUCCAAGCCACCCAGUGGAGGAGGUGGGAGUGGCAUGCCUUCUCAGUCAAAAAGCUCUUCCCUAGGCAUGGGCUCAGGCAAACCAGGCUCUUCUCCAAUCACCAAGCAUGGUAUGUCAGGUUCAGGUAGUGGUAGUAGUAGUGGAUCAGUUAGUGGUAAUAAAAUGAAGCCCCAAGGAGGCAAGCCUCCCGGAUCAAUGAUGAACCCGAAUAUUAAACCUAACAUCUCUCCUUCACACUCACGAUCUGGUGGUUCUGACAAACUUUCUUCCCCAAUGAAACUUCAGCAGGGCCAGGUACCUGGGACCCCACCAUCCUCAAAAGCUAAGUCGCCAAUUGGUUCUGGAAGUGGGAGUUCAGGGGGGUCCAAGUCCUCUUCCAGUGGUGGAAUGAGUUCCCAAAAGCAGUUAGGAAGUGGGUCUUCCUCUGGCUCUUCCUCCUCCUCCUCCUCUUCUGCUAGCUCCUCCUCUUCCUCAGGUUCCAUGUCUUUUUCCUCCAGUGGUCAGUCCCAAUACGGAGGCAGUUCAGGUAGUGGUGGAGGUGGCGGAGGUGGUGGAGGAGGAGGGGGUGGGAACAAUCCUAAUGCCAAGGGUAAGUCCCCAAGUCGAAACAAAAAGCCCUCUUUGACUGCUGUCAUAGACAAAUUGAAAAGUGUAGGUAGUGGAGGCAUCGGAGGGGAAGAGGGUGAAGGAGGAGGGGGUGGCAGUGGCGGCAAUGUUGGGAGCGGAAGUGGCGGAGUACCUCCAAAUGUUGGCUCUGCUUCCUCCAAGGGAGGAGAGUACCUAAGCAAGCGAGAAAAGGUCGAUAAAGAAGGCAAGUCUAAAGUGUCUGUUUCAGGGGGCAGCUCGGGCGAGAAAAAGAUGAUGGACCCAAAGGGUAGUGGGGUGAGUAGCACUGGCGUGGCUAAGAUUAUCAUCAGCAAGCCAGACGGAGGUUCUCCAAGCAUCAAGUCAAAAGUAACCCUCCAGAAACCUGGAGAAGGGGCAGGAGAAGGCUCUAUGCGCCCCCAGCAUUCAGGCCUUAAAGCGUCACCUCUUUUCAGUGGUUCAACCCCAAAACAUGACCGCAGUUCCCCAAGCCAUAGUCGCUCCCCAGGGUACACCCCUCUGAACCAAGACAGUGAAAGUGAAUCAGGUAGCAGUUCCGUUGCAGAGAAGUCCCAUCAGAAUAGCCCCAGCUCGGACGAUGAUCAGACCAUGAGGCCACUCCAGCCACCGCAAGACUACAUGAGCUCCAUGUCCGUCAGCCAGGGUGAGAAACACAAGAAGCACAAAAAAGAGAAGAAGAAGCAGAAGGACCGGGAACGAGAAAGGGAUCGGGACCGAGACAGAGAAAGGGAUCGGGAGAAGGAGAAGAAGAAAUCAAUGUCCUGUGGUCCUUCCUCUCACCCAAUGAAAGCAGACAGUUGGUCCAGAUCCCCCAUGUCUUCCUCAGAACCCUCCAUAUCUAUGCUGAGCUCCGAGCGCCCCUCACGACCAAGUCCUAUGUAUAUGCACACAGAAGAUGAUGAUCUCAUGGAUUCAGCCCUAACUGGCAACCUUGAACCGUUCAAAUAGACAGAACUGUUACCAUGUGGCUCACAUGGGCCGUGAACCUUUUCCACCGUUGUGUUUUGUUUGUUCUUUGCGUUAAGAACAUGGCAUUUCGGAAACUCAAAGAUUUUAAUGUUACACUCGCCGCUUUUUUAUGUGUACUUAGUGUGUUUCCCACUUUUUAAGAGGGGAGGUUUUUAAGGCUCUGAAAUGACAAGAAUUUUAAAACCACUGGAAAAUAUGAUGAUAUUGAGUCGCCAUCAUGCUUUUUUCGUUCCGACUUCGUCAGCCUCUGCCAAUGAUUACUGAAACUCAGAUUCGCGUCCUGAUCCUGUCAAUCAAAACAUACACUGUGAAAUUGGGCCCGAUUAGGCUGUGUCUAAAAUGAUCUAAAUUAUUUGUAAUCACUGGUUCGCAUGGUAAUUGAACUAGUGUUUUUUUUUUUUUUUUUUUUUUUUUUUUUUUUUAUUGUAAUCUGUUAACUUUUUAAUCUGAAGAAGAAAGUCCAUGUAUUUUUAAAAGAGACUGUAAAGGAGCUGCUUUGCCACUUCAAAUGCUCUCCAAGUGUUGAAACAAUUUUUUUAUACUGUUAGGCCUAAUUGCCUUAAAACUUUGUUAAAGUAUUUUAAUACAUUCUUUAUGCAUUUCACCAUGAUUAUUUAACAGUGUAAUUUUACAUGUAGCUUUAGAUGUGUAGAGGAGCAUCGUACAUUAGACGAUUGUUUUCCUUCUUGUGUAAAUAGACCAAUAAUUUUACAGGAUGGAAAUAAACAUUUCUGAGAAAUGUAAA